AUGGCUGGUCACAUGACCCCGCCCAAUCUCAAAGGGACAGAGAAGUGUCAUCCUGCCACAUGCCUGGAGGGCAGAAAAUCCAACCAGGCCCAGACACCAGGGGAUGCAUGGGUCCCCCGUGGGCCCCCGGCGGCGAGCAGCAUUCUGAAAGCCCACCCGAGCAAGACAGGACCCGAGGACAGACGGGCUCAAGACGGGGAGACCCCAGUGCAGUGGGGACCAGAGAGCAGGUGUCAGGAGACUGGUCAAAGACACUCCACCAAGGCUGCUGGGAGAAAGUCCCAGGAGAAGUGGAGGGGCUUCUCAUUCAAGAGUAAUGAAGCAGCUGGAGGCCCCCUUCCAGAGCCCACUUUGGCCCUCACAGGCCAGUUGGGAGCACGGGAUGGAGAACCAAGGUGGUCCAGCAGUGGUGCUUUUUCUUUCUGGGAUCCCCUGACCUGUCAGGUGGAUGAUCCGGUAGGAGUCACCUCUCUGAACCUUCCAAUCACCAGCAAUUACAGUCUUCCAAGUACGGCUGCUACCCAGCAUCCACCUCCCCUUAGUUUCCUUGGGGGGAAGCCUCCCUCCUCCACCUCAGCCAGUGCAGUCCAGGAGCCAAUACACACCUUUGUCACUUACAGCUGGUUUGAAGUGGGUUUUCUGUUGCUUACAACCGGAAGAAUAGUGACUGUUUUGCUGGAUUUACUUGAUUCUACGACACCAUCAAUAUGCAGUGCAAGGGUAGCAACAGGCUUCCACCUUGCUGUCACACACUCCAUGAGGAUGGGAGAGGGAUUCUCGCUGAUCACAUUUGUGCAGAGUGGGGCUGACUGACAGAGCUCCACAUCACAGUCAUCACUGGUAAGGAGAGAGAGGACUACCUAGAUGGUAGUGCAUAGUAGGGAUGGUGGACUGGCUCCACACCACCUAGCAGGGAUGGUGGACAGGCUCCACACCACCGUCUCCCCAAAGCCUGCUGGAGAGGGACGGCUGUGGCUUAUUUCAUGGUGUUUGCCCGGAGAAGAGCAACCAUUGUCAAAAGGUCUAUCUUUCAUUGCUGUCCCUCCCUGCCCUUUGACCCCAGAAGGUGGGCUUUCAUUGGGACUUUGUGCUUUGGGGAUGGUUUUGGGUUUGGCCUUCUCUGGUGCCCAGGCUGGGAUCUAGUAAGCAGUAAAGCCUGUGAGGACUCCCAGCUAUAUCAUCCCUUGAGACCCAAGUGAUCUAGCCAGUUCACCUUUUUUCCACCAUCAGAGGAGUCUGGCUGUUGCUUCAUAUAUUUUUGUCAAGUUUUUGGUUGUAGUAAGUGGAAGGAAUAGGGUGGGAUCCACUUACUCAUCUUGUCUGGAAAUGGAAGCCCCAUGUAUUUUUUUAAAGUCAACUUUUUGAGGUAGAAUUUACAUGCAAUAAAACACAUCCAUUUAAAGUGUACAUUUCCAUGAGUUUCAACAAAGGUAUAUACCCAUGUAACCACAGUCAAAAUAUAGAACAUUCCCAUCUCCCCAGAAGGUUCCCUUGUGUCCCUUCCCAAGCAAUUCCCCCCACCAUCCCAGGCCUCAGACAAGCACUGAUCUAUGUCACUAUGUAUUAGACUUGUCUUUUCUAUAGAGUUUCAGAUAAAAUCACACAGAAUGUAUUUUUUUUUAAAAAGAUUUUAU